AUGGGUCGUUGUUGUUGGUUCGUAGCUGAUGCUUCGUUGUCGACGCUAUUGCUUUCCAUUGUCGCUAAAGUUCCUCCCCCAUCGUCGCUAGUCACUACCUCCUUACCUUGCUCAGUCGCUGCCCGUUUGUCUCGCCAUUCACUACCGCAUCAGCUGUCAUCGGAAAUCAGGAGGUCACUAUUUGAGCAAUGUUAUGAACUGCAGCCCACUUUUCAGCUUUUACUCCAAAGGCCAGACUUGCUUGCACUCAAUCUGCAUAAGGUUACACCUGCUACUGAUGGUCCUAUUCAAGACACCGGGCCCACAAAUUUUGUCAGUCAGAUUGAUGAAAUGGAUGGAAUUGUUAACUUUAGAAUGCAUCAAGUCUAUCAGGUAACAGUUGAAUCUGUAGAAAAGGGUAUACGAGUAAACCUGCCAUCUUUCAUGAGUCGUCAUCUGGGACUAAUUCACACUCCUUUUAGAGCUUGCAAACUGAAGAGGUGUAAAAGGAAAUCUAGAGUUUUCUACAGGCUGCAAAAUGGUUGUGGAUGCACCAGAGAUUCUGAACGUGAUUGGAAAGAUUCCAUUUUUAUCAGAAUUUAUGAACUCUCUGUACGAGUGUCAAUACAAAUCAUUAUUCUUUGCUUUUGGGAGCUGACACGAUUCAUUGCAGCAGGGAAGCUUCAUUACAAGAUCCACAAAGUAGCAGGUGUUUUGGAAACCAACCACCCGGAUGCAAAGAAUGCUCUUUAUCAUAUCUUAGUGUUCAAUGAGCUUGUUGUUUUAGACACAUCGAAAGGUCUUGUUCAUAUAUUCUUUGCACAACGUGCAAUCUCAAAGGUACCUAAAGUUACUGAUGUUGGUCUAAAGCCAAGAAGUGUGAAGAAAGUUGCUGUGAUUGGUGGAGGUUUAAUGGGGUCUGGAAUAGCAAUUGCCCUUAUCCUUGCUAAUAUAAAAGUUGUUCUCAACAAAAUCAACACUGAGUAUCUUCAAAAGGGAAUAAAAACAGCAGAACGUACAAAUGUUAAAGGAUUUGCUGCAAGGAAGAAGCUACCACAGGUCCUAGGUGAAAAGGCGUUGUCCAAUGUUAAUGGGGUUUUGGAUUACUCACAAUUUAGAGAUAUAGAUAUGGUUAUAGAGAUUUUGGACUGGGGUCCUUUUCAGUACAUUUGGAUACCCCACAAUGCAUUUUAUAGCAGAGGAGAGAAAGGAGGUUUCUUCUUUGAAUGGUUUAGAGUGAAGGAUAAUCGUAAUAACAAGGAGAAACUACAUUCUGAAGAAGAAGUAGGACCAUGUGAGGAUAAUGCUCCUGCUGAUCCUAAAAGUGUCAAACUUGUAAUCAUGUUUGGCAUUCCUUUCCAGUAA